AGAAGCCCAAAGCUGUCCCAGAGCCCACAGUCGAAUUUGGGUGACCAGACAGAACACCUCUCUGAAGCGUCUGCAGAUUCCUUAGAGGCCAUGUCCGAGGGUGAUUCACCAACCCCCUUUUCGAGGGGCAGCCGUACGCGGGCAAGCCUUCCUGUGGUGCGGUCAGCAAACCAAACGAAGGAAAGAUCGCUGGGUGUUUUAUAUCUUCAGUAUGGAGACGAGACAAAGCAGCUGAGGAUGCCAAAUGAAAUCACAAGCACAGACACAAUUCGUGCCCUAUUUGUAAGUGCCUUCCCCCAGCAGCUGACGAUGAAAAUGCUGGAAUCACCCAGUGUGGCCAUUUACAUCAAGGAUGAGAGCAGGAACAUAUACUAUGAAUUGUGUGAUGUGAGGAAUAUUCAAGACCGAUCUUUCCUUAAAGUUUACAACAAAGAUCCUGCACAUGCAUUCAAUCACGCUUCCAGAGCUGUAAAUGGAGAUAUAAGGAUGCAGAGGGAAAUUGCUUAUACAGGCCGAGAUGGCCCAAGUGCUUCCUGUGCCGGAACUGCCACGCACCCUCCACACGUGAUGCCCAGCUCUCCUCCCUCCACCCCAGUGCCCCACUCCAUGCCUCCCUCUCCGUCCAGGAUUCCGUACAGCGGGGGCCGGCCCAUGGGCAUGCCAGGCAAUGCCACCAUCCCCAGGGACCGUCUCUCCAGCGUGCCAGCCUCACGCUCGAUAUCGCCCAGCCCAAGCGCCAUUUUGGAGAGACGGGACGUGAAGCCAGACGAGGACAUGAGCAACAAAAACCUUGCCCUGAUCCGAAAUGAAGGUCUCUACGGUGACCCAUACUUGUUUCAUGAGGGGAGGAUGAGUGUGGCUGCACCCCACUCCGGACACCCUCUCGAUGUCCCUGAUCACAUUGUAGCCUACCAUCGCAGUGCCAUGAGGUCAUCAAGCACUUACUGCAACCCCUCUAUGCCGCCUGAAAUGCUGGAGCAAUCCUUGUACAGACAAAAGUCACGAAAGUACCCGGAGAGCCACUUGCCCACUCUCAGCUCUAAAACGCCUCCCGCCUCACCCCACAGGGUGGCUGAGAUGAGAAUGAUUGAUAUUCAUCCUCACCAUAGCGCUCACAUUCCUCCCCACACCAUCCAGCCUGACAGGUCUUCCCCCAGCCGCCAGUCCUUCAAAAAGGAGCCGGGACUGCCUGUGUUCGUCGACGCAAAAGCACGGAGCACCCUCGGCCUUCCGGGCAUGGCCGAGGCAGUGCCAUCUCCAGCUGACAAGCAGGCUUUUGGCUAUGGGUCACCUGCAAUGCCCAAGGACAAGGAGACAAGAGAAAGGAUACAAGCCAUGGAGAAACAGAUUGCCAGUUUAACUGGUCUUGUUCAGUCUGCGCUUUUUAAAGGGCCAAAUACAAGUAAUAGCAAAGAUGCUUCUAGUGAGAAGAUGAUGUUGAAAAUCGUGUCCAGCAAGAGCAGCAUUGACACUGCAGGCGUUGCUAACAUAUCUGGAGGGAAGAACACAUUGGCAACUGUGGAGUCAGCUGUCAUCCAUCACCCAGCUGGAGCCCCAUCAAUGCAAGUCAGCCUGCAUGGUGUGAAACGCAACGUGUCAGAUCUGCGGCUGCAGCUGCAUCAGAUGAAGCAGCUACAGCUGCAGAACCAGGAGAUGCUGAGGGCCAUGGUGAAGAAAGCAGAGCUGGAAAUCAAUGGCAAAAUGAUUGAAACAGUGAAGAGACUUGAAGAUCCUGUGCAGCGACAGCGCAACCUAGUGGAACAAGAAAGGCAGAAAUACCUCAAUGAGGAAGAAAAGAUUGUGAAGAAGUUGUG